UUGAAUAAAUUGUUUGAAUAUUCGAUUUUCCAAUACAAAAUCAAUAAUUUAUAUUCGAAACAGGGCCUAGUAAUGUAAAAGUUUCUAGUUUUGCGACGUUGGUGGUUUUCGAGAGUAUUCGAGGGUAAUUUUGGGCAGGACUGAGGGUAAUUUGCCAAAAAGGGAUUGGCAACACUGAUAACCACAGAAAGGAAAGGAAAGGAUUUAAUAAAGGAAAGGAAAGGAAAGAAAGACUUAAAUAACAUAGGCGAUUGUUAUUGUUCAUGGUUUAGGAUAAGGAAAUUUCUCUAUAGGCUAAGGCCUAAUUGAUUGUUGAAAGGUGACAAAUUCAUGUGUUACUUGUAAAGAUUGAAUAUCAGCAUCGUAAAAAGUCAAAGAUUCUGAACACAAACAUUCUGUAAACAUGAUGUUCUACGAGUUCAGUGAUAUUUGUGAAAAAAUAAGCUUGGCUCGAAGAGAUAAACGAGUUGCUGUCUUACAGAAGUUUAUUUCUGACUACAGAUCUACAAAUCCAACCAGCUUCUACCCAGUGCUGCGUCUGUUACUGCCCAAGUUUGACCGCCAACGUGAUGCGUAUGGAAUCAAAGAGACAGUUCUUGCCAGGAUUUACAUCCGUAUUCUCUGUCUACAUCCGGACAGUACGGACGCUCUCAAAUUGAAAAACUUUCGAGCGCCCAAGAAUGCAGGUGACAGUGCCGGCGACUUUGGGGACGUAGCUUACUGGGUGCUGCGCAGCCGAUGCUCCACAGGGCGAGAACUGUCAAUGGACGAUGUCCACCGCCAUCUGGAUAAUAUCGCUCUCCACCACGCUGACAGGAAGCCAAGAGACGUGGACAGGGAGCUGGAGGCAAUGUUGCACCGUAUGACAGCUCUGGAGCAGAAGUGGCUCAUCCGGAUAGUCCUGAAGGAUAUGAAGCUGGGACUGGGAACCAAGAGGAUACUCUCCGUGUACCAUCCGGAUGCCCAGGAGGUCUAUGAUUUCACCCACAGUCUCCAACAGGUCUGUGAGAAGCUAACUGAUCCUACACAGCCGUUACACGAAGUAGAAGUAACGUUGUUCAACUCGUGUCAUCCCAUGUUAGCCGUGCGUUGCGACGUACAGAACAUUUCUCGCUACUUCUACAGACGUCCGGGUCCACGAUAUGUGGAGACAAAAAUGGACGGAGAGAGGAGUCAGCUCCACUACGCAGACGGACAGUUCAAGUUCUUCUCCAGGAAUGGAUACGAGUUUACGGAUGCAUUCGGAAGCAAUGAAGCGACAGGAUCUAUUACUCCUUAUCUGAUCAAACAGUUCAAAUCCGGAGUGAAGAAUUGCAUCUUGGAUGGAGAAAUGAUGCCUUGGAACACUAAGUACAGGUGUUUUGGAACCAAAGGAAUGAAUUUGGACGUGAAGUCUUUAAGGGUUGGAAAUGUCCACCAGCCAUGCUUCUGUGUGUUUGACCUGUUGUACUUGAACGGUGCAGUGUUGACGAACCGUCCACUCAGUGAUAGGUUGGCAGCUCUGGAGCAAGUGUUUACACCUUGCGAGGGCAUCUUCAUAAGCACACCUCGCACCGUCGUCAACAACGGAGAAGAGGUUUUGCAAGAGCUGAACCUUGCCAUUGACCGUCUGGAGGAAGGGAUUGUGGUCAAAGACCCGAACUCCAUCUAUAAACCUAACUCCAGGAAAGAGGACUGGAUAAAAAUCAAACCAGAGUACACUGCAGGAGCCAUGGUGGAGUUGGAUCUGCUCAUUGUGGGAGGCUACUACGGCGGGGGCAGAAGACGGGGCCUCAUCAGUCACUUCCUACUAGGGGUCGCCCAACCCCCACCUGAUGGUCCAGGAGGGGUGCCAGUAGUGUUUGAGUCUGUGACAAGGGUAGGCUCAGGCUGUACACUGGAUGAGUUGUCAGAACUGAGUCGUAAACUGGAGCCGCACUGGCGUCGUACCAAACCUGGCUACGUUCCUCCGUCACACCUUUGGACAAGGGAGAGACCGGAACUGUGGCUUGAACCUAUGGAUUCUGUCAUUGUCCAAGUGAAGGCGUCCGAGGUGGUGCCCAGCGACUUUUACCAGACUGGCUUCACCUUGCGUUUCCCCCGGAUUGAGAAAGUGAGAUACGACAAGCCGUGGUCCGACUGUCUCACCACCGUGGAGUUUACACGGUUAAGAGAGAGUGCGUACGGGAGUCUGGUGAACGACCAUAUCACGCAGCAAUCUCCUCGCGCAAGGAAGCGUCGAGCUCCAAGAGACGAGCGCUCGAUUGGCACUCAGUUCCUUAACAAUCAGUUGCACUCAGUGUCGUCACUCAGUCAGAUGUUAAACGGACUGGAGAUCUGUGUACUUACGGGAACACCGGAAAUGUCUAAACAACAGUUGGAACUGAAGGUCAAGGAAAGUGGUGGCACUGUUGUGUUGAACCCAGGUAAGACAACAUACUGUGUUAUUGUUGGGGAGGAAAACAAUAUUCGAGUAACUAACGUGUUGAAGAAAGGCUCGUACAACGUGAUCCGAGCGAGCUGGCUAGUCCACAGCCUAGACGCAGGCCAACGUCUGUCUUGGACACCACGUGACAUGAUCAGCGCAGCGCCAGACACGGCCGUGUUGCUGGCGCAGCAGUUCGACCAGUACGGCGACAGCUACACAGACCCUGCCAACCUAGACAGCCUUAAACACACUAUGGCUCAAGUGGGAAAGAAGGACAUCUCGUUGAAACAAAUGGUUGAGCUUGAUAAGAUACUGUUCAACAAGUACAGUCCGUUCUCAGUGUUCCGUGGUUGUGUGGCGUGCUUUGACUGUCCCGAGGAGGAUUCUUCAGCCCCCAAGAACGAUAGCCUCAGAAUGUUGAGAUAUGAUUUUGAGUUCCACGGAGGUGAAGUAACGUCCGAUCUAACUCCACAGACUACUCAUAUAAUACUAAACUCCAGUGAUCUGGAGCGCUUGGAGGAGUGGAUUAUCCGAUCUCAGGCCUUAGACAAGACUCCGUACAUUGUACAACACCAUUGGAUAACACAGUGUGUCUCCAACAACACUCGGGUGGAUGAGUACAAAUAUCUCCUGCAUCUAGAGAACUACGACACUAACUGAUCAUGAAAUGUCUGCAUCGAGAAAACUAAGAGGCGAUAAUUCGUCGUAAAAUGUUCUGCAUCUAGAAAACUAUGGCACCGAUUGGUCGUAAAAUGUUCUGCAUCGAGAAAACUAAGACAGUGAACAUGAAAUGUCUGCAUCUAGAAAACUAUGGAUACUAACUGAACAUGAAAUGUCUGCAUCGAGAAAACUAUGGAUACUAACUGAACAUGAAAUUUCUGCGUUGAGAAAACUAUGGAUACUAACUGAACAUCAAAUGUCUGCAUCUAGAAAACUAUGGAUACUAACUGAACAUCAAAUGUCUGCAUCUAGAAAACUAUGGAUACUUAACUGAACAUCAAAUGUCUGCAUCUAUAAAACUAUGGAUACUAACUGAACAUGAAAUUUCUACAUUGAGAAAACUAGGUGGCAAUAAUUGGUCGUGAAAUUUUCUACGUCUAGAAAACUUGGACACUCUGAUCCAAUAUCUUAUCCAUUAUCUGAUGAAAUAUCUGCAUCAAGAAAACUGAUGCAAUAGUUGGUCAUGAAAUGUUCCACAUCAUAAAAACUGUGUUGUGUAAAUAUACUUGCUCAAAACUAUCACAAACUAUAUGAAAAGCACAUCUAUAUGCUUGGUUUGUGUAUUUUUAUAGGACAGUAUUUUUAUAUUUUAGUAAGAGGACUUGGUGGUUGUGUUUACAUUGUGAUAGUUGAAGUAUUGAAAUGAUG